AUGCAAGGGGCCAUCGCCCGCGGGGCGUGGUGCCCAAAGAUCCGCCGCACCACGUUCGGCUGCCCGGAGGUACGCGUCCGUGUGCCGAGAAGCCUCUGCGGCGGCGGUGGCCUGGGUGCACGGUGCAGGAGCGCGCGUGACGACCCAAGGCCAGGAGUGGUGCGCGCGAAUGGCCAAGGCCAAGGGAGGUCCGCGCUGCGGCCGGGGCCGGGUGCCCCCGCUCCCGCGUCGCCGUCCCGUGCCGAGAAGAGAGGGAGCGUGGCCGGCGCCGUGGCGCUGAUCGUUGGGACCAGCAUCGGGUCCGGCAUCCUCGCCGUGCCGCAGCGCACGGCGCCCGCGGGCUUCGUCCCGAGCGCGGCGUGCAUGGUCACGUGCUGGGCGUUCCUGGUCGCGGAGGCCCUCCUCAUCGCGGAGAUCAACGUCCACCUGCGGCGGCGGCGGCGCAACAAGGACGGCGGGAACCACCGCCGCGGGGAGCUGGUGGACCUGGAGGUGAUCUCCGUGAAGAGCAUGGCGCAGGAGACGCUGGGCGAGUGGGGCGGGCACCUGGCCACCGCCACGUACCUGUUCCUGUCCUACACCUCCAUGGUCGCCUACGCGUCCAAGUCCGGCGAGGUGCUGUCGCGCCUGGUGCCCGGCGUGCCCGAGCCCGUCUCCGGCGCCGCCUUCACCGCCGCGCUCGCGAUGCUCGUCGCCGGUGGCGGCACGGCCGUCACCGACCGGGUGAACCAGCUGCUGACCUUCGUUAUGAUAGGUUUACUGCUGAUGAUUGAGGUGUCAGCAGUGGCGCUCGGCGGUGGCCUGAGCCUGCCAGCGAACGCGAACUGGGAGCAGGUCCCGGCGGCGUUGCCUGUGAUCAUCUUCACGCUGGUCUUCCAUGACAUCGCACCAGUGAUCUGCGCGUACCUGGAAGGGGAUCUCGCGAGGAUCCGGCUGUCCAUCCUCGUGGGCAGCCUCGUGCCGCUGGUGUCCUUGCUCGUGUGGGACGACAUCGCGCUCGGCCUCACCACCACGGAUCUCGCUGGGUUUGACGUCCUGGACAUGUUAAAGACAGAAUGGAGCCACACCGUGCUGGAGACGUUCUCGCUCCUGGCCGUCGGGACGUCGCUCAUCGGCACGCUGCUUGGGGCUUCCCAGUUCUUCAUCGAGCAGAUGACCAAUAGCGUAGCCUCUUCACCAACCCAACAGCACGGCAAAAACAACAGAGGCGUUGCUGGGUUUCACAAGGAAGAUGGAUCGUCGCAGCAGCAGCAGCAUCCUGGUGCUGAAUCGGUUCUGGAGAAGAACAUGCUCGGCUACGCUGCUACCGGAAUCGUAGUUGUCCCGACCAUGCUCAUCGCAACUACCGUCCCCAACUCGUUCUCCAUAGCUACUGACAUCGCGGGCGGCUACUGCAUGACCAUCCUCUAUGGUGUCCUCCCUCCGUUGAUGGCCUGGACUAUCGGCUCCUCCAAGCUGUCUGACUCGAGUGCCGGGCUCGUGGACGAAGACCUCCAGAAAGACGGCGAGAGGGAGAAAGAGGCCUUGACCAGUGCAAAGCCUGUCCUGGUUGGGAUGGGGGUGUUCUCGGUCCUCUUGGUCUUUGAGCAAAUCGUCCAGGAUUUCCUCAGUUUAAAUGCCUCUCUCGUCUCGUAG